GCUGUCACUAGUGUCAUUGAUGACAGUUUUUUAAUUAAAUAUUUUAAUUUAACAUUUUAUUAAUAAAAAAAUGUAUGUUUUUUAAAAUUUGUGUAAUGUAUUUUUAAAGAAGUGUUUUAUAAUUGAUAUUGUGUAAGAAUAUUAUGUCAGAAAUGAAGGAAAAAGAUGCAAAUAUUGUUAAAAUAGCUGUGGAAAUGACCGAUCAGGUCCCACAGCUAAUACAUUUUAAUCAAACUCAACCUUUAAGUACAAUCAUCAAAGAAUUGUGUAAUGGUUGGGGUCUAAUGGGACCAGAACAAUAUGCUUUGCAAUUCUCUGAAAGUAACAAUCAAAAUUAUAUUACGGAGAAAAAUCGUAAUGAAAUUAAGAAUGGUUGUGUGCUUCGUUUAGAGCAUUCAGCAGCUAAAACAGCUCAAGAUAUUUUUCUCAAGUUAAAUAAUGGUACGAACGAAGAGAAAACUGCAGCUUUACAAAAACUAUCAACACUUAGCCCUGAUAUGACUUUUGCACUUGAGUUUAUAAAUAUACAAGGCUUAGCAUUGCUUAUCAGCCAUAUCGAAGGCGGUAAAUUUAAAACCAGCAUGUUAGCGUUUGCAUUGCUGUCAUUCGUCGAAUUAAUGGAUCACGGAAUUGUAUCGUGGGAUGUUCUAGAAAAUCCAUUUAUUAAUAAAAUUGCAAGUUUUCUAAACAAUCAAACUCCUGCGCCUGACGCAAAAGUUAUCCAAGCAUCACUUUCCAUUUUGGAAAGUAUUGUCCUAAACAGCACCGAUAAGUAUCCACAAGUUGAGAAAGAAGUUCCAUUAACAAAUUUAAUCGUUCAUUUACAAAACGUUCAACAUCCGGUUAUCCAACAAAACACAAUCGCAUUAAUUAAUAGUUUAUUCUAUAAGGCAGACGCACAAAAACGGACCACAAUUGCUUCAACACUAAGUUCGAAACAAAUUCGAAACGUGAUAUUAAGUAACAUAAUUCAAUAUGCAUCGGGGCAAGUUCGUACUGAAAUGGCGUAUCAAUUAUAUGUCCUACAAACAUUAUGUUUGGGUCAACUUGAACAACGAAUGAUGACAAAAAUGGAUCCUCAAGAUCAAGAUGCUCAUGAUAAGAUCAAAGAAUUACGUCGAAUUGCAUUCGAUACUGAUGGAACAUGUAAUUCUAACGAUGUUACCGCCCGAAAACAAUUAGGAACAUUUGCAAAAGAUUACAAAAAAUUAGGUUUUAAAUCGGAUAUUAAUCCGGCGUUAGAUUUUACCGAAACACCACCGGGUAUGCUUGCAUUAGAUUGUAUGGUUUAUUUUGCUCGAAAUCAUACCGAAAGUUAUACGAAAGUUGUUUUAGAGAAUAGCUGUCGAGCUGAUGAACAUGAGUGUCCGUUUGGACGUACCAGUGUGGAAUUAGUAAAGUUGUUAUGUGAGGUUUUACGUAUUGGGGAAGCCCCAAGUGAACAAGGACAAAUUUAUCAUCCUAUGUUUUUUACACAUGAUCAUCCUUUCGAGGAAUUUUUCUGUAUUUGUAUCGUUCUGUUAAAUAAAACAUGGAAAGAAAUGCGUGCAACGAUUGAGGACUUUGUUAAAGUAUUUAGUGUUGUUCGGGAACAAAUUACACGUGCACUUGUGACUCAACCACCUGGAUUCGAUAAAUUCAAACAAAAAUUACAGUUAUUAACAUAUUCGGAAAUAACAAAUCUUUGGCAACAAGAACGAACUAAUCGCGAAGAAUGGGAAUCUCAUGCACGACCAAUCGUUGAAUUAAAAGAACAAAUAACACCGGAAAUAAUGGAUUUAAUUCAACAGCAACGAUUAGCGUUACUAGUUGAAGGUACACGAUUUACGAAGUAUUCGUCGCGUGGUCAACGUAUUAAAGAUAAAUUUUGGUAUGUACGAUUAUCACCAAAUCAUAAAAUAUUCCAUUAUGGUGAUUGCGAUGAAAAAUCUACGCCCAGUUUGGAAGAAUUACCCAAUAAACUGGCUGUAAUCGAUAUUAAAAGUUUGGCGACGGGGAAAGAAUGUCCACAUAUGAAAGAUGCCCGUGGACGUAAAACAACUCAUCAACUUGCCUUUUCAUUAAUUUUGGAUUCGGUUGAUGUGACGUCCUUAGAUUUUGUAGCACCGGAUGAGCAAUGCUUUGAUUAUUGGACGGAUGGUAUUAAUGCAUUACUUGGCAAUAAAAUGUUGAGUAAACAAACUGAAAAUGAUUUGGAAACAUUGUUAUCGAUGGAAAUUAAAUUGAGAUUAUUGGAUGCGGAAGGUGUUGAUAUUCCACAAGAUCCUCCACCAAUUCCAGCUGAUCCACCAAAUUACGAUUUUUGUUACGAUUUAAAAUAGAUAUUUCUUUUAUUCGUUGAAUACUCGCUAUUUUUAACUGUUUAAGGUGAUCCUGUAUCCAAUCGGAAGACAUAAAGUGUCUUCUUUGCACGUCAAUCUGAUGUUCAGUUAGGCUCUCAAUAAUUUAAACUCAGGGUCGAGAACGUUUUUUUUAAAUAAACUAUACUCCAUGAAAUGACCUGAAAAACAUUUAUUUCGAGAGGCGUGUGCGUUUUUGAUUCCAUUGAGUGAGUAGUAACGUUAUUUUUAUCAUUAAAUAUACGAAAAGGUACUAAAUUUUCCCUAGUAAUUUUCGGGAUCACUUUAAAAUAUUUAAAUGUUUUAUUCCAUUGGGCUGCGAAAUAUUAUAUUUAUCAUUUUCCGCCCAAAUUAUUUUAAAAUGCAUGCAAGUUUUAAG